AUGACCGGAACUGACAAGCUCAAGCUACUGGUCAUCGGCAAGUCGAAAUCGCCGCGCUGUUUUAAGAACGUCAGGACCUUGCCUGCGACGUACGCGGCAAACUCCAAGGCCUGGAUGACGCAGGCACUCUUUGAGCAGUGGCUGUGCGACAUGGACCGCUGCUUUGCAAGGCAGAAGAGGAAUGUCCUGUUUCUUGUUGACAACUGCCCUGGGCACGGGAAAGUCACCGGACUGACAGCUAUCCGGCUGGAGUUCCUGCCACCCAACACAACAACGAAAUCCCAGCCAAUGACCCAGGGGGUUAUCAGUAGUCUAAAAAGGCAAUACAGACGCUCGCUGCUAUGUAUGGAAAAUGGGAAGCAAUACGAAGUGAAUCUCCCGAGUGCUGUGCACCUUCUGUCCCACGCAUGGGAACAGGUGACCGAAGCCACCAUCGCGAACUCCUUUCGGCACGCGGGAUUCGUGAAGGAUAGCUGCCCCCCAGAAGUCUUUGUGAAUGAAUGA